UUGUUGUUGAGAAAAUUGUGGACUAAAUUCGAAAUUAAAAUGCUGAAUUUUUUGGUAUUUUAGAUAUUUCAAUAUUCUCCCUAUCUAAAAACUAAUAGUAUAUGCUUAAUUCCACAUUUUCUCAUCAAACGUUUGAUUUGGAAGAAAAAGUUGCACACAUUUUGUAUUUUAUAGUAAUAAUAGUUUGUUUGGCAAAGAAUUGUUGGAUAAUGUGGCUAUUAUUUUCAAUUUAGAAGCUUCUUUGUUGAGAAUUUGAACAUCAAAAACUAAGCUUGAUGUAUGGUGCAAAAAUUGGAGUUGGAGGCAAUUCUUUUGCAUAUUCAGUAGUGUGAGAUAUAGACUUUGAUGUUCCUUUUGUUAGUUCAACAUUACCUUUUUUUAAUGUAUCCUUUGAUUCCAUGAUUAUUACUCAGCAAACGAGUUGUCGAGGGAAUGAAAUGGCACUGAAAUCAAUUAUUCAUGUGCUUAAGGGAGUAGGAGAUAAUGUAGAUAGCAAAUCAAAAAAGCAAGCCGAGAGGAAGUGUGUAUUGAGCCGUGGCAGGUCAUAUGUGGCUCCUGAGAGGUUAACAUCCUCUCCAUGUCUAUUCGUUCAAGAAAGUCCGUGGGCGAGUUUGCCACAUGAACUGCUGUUUGACAUAAUCCAAAGAAUAGAGGCCAGUGAGAUUACUUGGCCUGCCCGUAGAGAUGUAGUUACUUGUGCCUCUGUGUGCCGGUCCUGGAGGGAAACAACCAAGGAGGUUGUUAGAACUCCGGAACAAUGUGGGCUGCUGACUUUUCCUACGUCGUUGAAGCAGCCUGGGCCUAGAGAUUGUCCAAUUCAGUGCUUUAUAAGAAGAGAAAGGGCAACAUCAACUUUCCGAUUAUAUCUUGGCCUGAGUCCUGCUCUUUCAGGGGAUGCCAGUAAAUUGCUAUUGACGGCAAAGAAGAUUAGAAGGGCCACAUGCACUGACUUCUUAAUAUCCAUGUCGAAAGAUGAUUUUUCCCGGGCAAGUGAUUGUUAUGUUGGGAAGUUAAGGUCUAAUUUUCUCAGGACUAAGUUUGUCAUUUAUGACGCUCAGCCACCAUGCAAUUUAUUGAUCCAGUCCAGUGGUGUGUUACAUAAAAAGUUUGCUAUGAAGAAGGUAGAGCCAAAGCAGUUAUUUGGAAAUCACAAUGUGGGUACCAUUUCUUAUGAAGUCAAUGUUCUACGUACAAGGGGGCCAAGAAGAAUGCGGUGCACUAUGCAUGCGAUCCCUUUCACUGCAAUUCAAGAAGGUGGAUCUGCUCCUACACCAGCAACUUUCAAAGAACACGUUCAGUGCAAUUCAUCUUUAGUAUCAGCAGUUUCAAAUAGGACAGUCCAAGAUUCUAUUUGUAGUUGUUUUGAUGAGCCAGUUGAAACAAUUCAAAAGAAUACAGAACCUUUGACUUUGAGGAAUAAAGCUCCAAGAUGGCAUGAACAAUUGCAAUGUUGGUGUCUGAAUUUUAAAGGCCGUGUUACAGUGGCCUCUGUCAAGAAUUUUCAGCUGGUGGCCUCCUCUGGCACAUCCCAGGGCAUCCCAAUCACAGAACUAGAAAAAGUAAUCUUGCAAUUUGGGAAGAUAGGGAAAGACAUUUUCACCAUGGAUUACCACUACCCUCUAUCGGCGUUCCAAGCAUUUGCAAUCUGUUUAAGUAGCUUUGACACCAAACCUGCUUGCGAGUAGCCUCUUUUUUUUCUUUUUCUUUUGGCUACUAUUACAUGCCAUUUUGUGAUUUUGUCUUCACAGUUGUGUAUAUAUAUCCUUUUUUUUAGCCCUCUCCUUUGGAAGGAUCUUUUAUGUGCAGGCAUAGGAGGCAUAGGUUAUUGUCUAGUAGGAAUUUGGCUGAUAUGCUUCUAGUGCAUGCAGUAUUCUGCCUGCAAAAAGUGGCAAUUCUGUUGUAUUCUUCAGCAUGCUGUACUUAUUCGAAAAUUCUGUCAGUUCGCAAGAAGUAAUUUGCCCUUUAACUAACAUAGUGACGUUCUAUC